AUGAUUAAUGAAUCAUUCUAUAAAAAUGUGUUUUUACUUAUGCAAGUUGUGCCUGCAUCUUACGAAUGUACAAAAUACUUUAAAAAGGUAUUAUGGUUGAAAUAAAACCAAUAUAUGUAACUAUCUCUAUUACUAAUAUAAUGAUUUACAGGGAAUGUUUGACAAACCAAACACUGCAGGUUUUAUUCACGUUUCUCAUUAUCUGUUAUCUAUGCAUAAUGAAAAACGUUUUGAAAAAUUGGUUAUAUGGCCAAUUUUGAAUAAGACAGAUGAGAAAAGAUACCGUGCAGAGAUAAAAAAAUACUUAGAAAUUUUGGCAAAUGAAAAUUCAGAUAUCAAUUUCCCACCAAUACUUAUGUCUCAUCUGCUACAAGCAGGAGGGAAAAAAGUUUUAAUUCUUAUGUGGAAAAUAUCAGAAAUUAGCCUAAGAGCUUAUAUUACCAGAGCAUAUCAAAUGGAAUUAUUACAAUUUCCUAAUAUUGGUGACACUAAAAACAUAACUGAAAUAUACCUCACAUUGAAAAAUAAUGAAAAAAAUCAUACCAUUUCUAUAUUUUAUGAAAAUACAAAAAUAAGUUUAGAAUCCUUUAAAGAGUCUAUAUCUGUUGAUUUAGUAAAAGUACAGACUGCUAUCUUUGAAACAAAAAACAAUUUAGAGAAAUUAGUGGCUAUGCUUCCAGUUAAUUUAUUAAUUGCAAAACGAUUAAUAGACAUAGAUGAUACAGAGAUUAUAAACUUCAAAAAAAUUCAAAGCUAAAUAAGUUAAAAACUCUUAGUAGUACAUUACAUAAUUUAAUUGUAGUUUUAUGUGUAAAUCGUAAAAUUCUUGAUGGGAAAAAUCUUCAAAAAGUAAAUAGUAGAACAUGGUCAUUUUGUUUAACUAAUAAUAUUCAGCUUGUUAAUGAUGGAUUAUAUAUGAAUGGAUGUUUAGUGUUUUCUAUCCUGUUAAUGAUAUUCAAUCAAAUAAUGAAACAAAUGAAAUAUUAUUUGAAAAUUCACAAGCUACCAGAUUUAUCCAAUUGCGAUCAAAAAAUAAUUCAACAUUAUAAGAGAAUUAAAUCUAUGAAAGAAAUGUCUAAAGAACUCAUGGAACAAGUUUCUGAUAACUUAAACAAUGUACAAUGUAGUUUACAGAAGAAAACUGUAGAUUAUACAUUAGAUGAAGACUUGUUAAACUUUACAGGUCUAGAAACAAUUCUAAAUUCACCAAAACUUAAUUUAUCUGCUACAAAUAUACAUGAAGAAAAGAUAUCAAAAAUGAUAUUGGUCUCUUCAGAAGAAGGGAGAUAUAAACACUUGUUUAAAAGGUACAAACGUAAUAAUUCAUUUAGAAGUUCAACAAAAUAUCAAUUUAAUGACAGCACAAAAAAUAUUACAUUGAGCUGGAGAUCUCCACAAAAACAAUUAAUAUACAAAAGGUGUUCACCUAAUAAAAUCAAAGUUUCACCAACAUAUUCCAGAUUAUUCUCCAUUAAUGAUACAAGGAGAUGUUUCAAAGGUAACAAUACAACAUUUAGUCCGAACAGAAGUAUCACACCAAAGAAAUCUAAUGUUCAAUCUCCAGACGCACAAAUGGUAAAUAUAGACGCUGCAAUUAAAAAUAUUUUUGAUCUUUCUUGUAAGAUUACAGAUCUUGUAACUUCCUUGUCCAAAUCUUAGUCCAAAUCUUAGAAGGUUCCACAUUAGAAGGAUGCCAUGCAAUUUGAGAAAAAUUAAACACCGAAUUCAUCAAGUAAUUGAAAACAAUGUAUUUGUUGCAUAAUAUAUGUACACUGUUAAAUUAAAUUAAUAAAAAUUCUAUUUUCGGAACAAUUUGCUUUCCUUACAUGUUUCUUAGUUAAUAAGAAUUCCAACCUAAAUUUGCCUAGAAUGCCUAAGACAAAAAUACCAUUUCUGUCUAUUAUAAGGUAUAUAUUAAUUCUUCUUUAUAGAUUUCCUUUUUUAGAUAGAUUCGUGUAACCUUAUUCCAAAAUGCAAUAUACUUAUUAAAACAUAUUUAAAAUAAAACAUACAUGUGCACAUGUAAAAGAUAAUCAAGUGAUGUACGUGAUAUGCCAAGUGGCAAAGGAAAAACGUAAUUGGUUGAAUCUUAUUCAUUCAUCUAAAUUUUUUAUCGAUGUAUAUCGUGUAGUGUAGCUACUUCACUUUAAAUGCAAUUGUUUUUUGUUUUUUAUGCAGCAUUUAUCGUAUUUUUUAUCAAUUUUUCAUUUCCAAUGUCAUUCCAAUAAAAAUAUUUUCAGAUUUUAGGUUAGGAUUCGUUCGUACAUAAUUUUGCUUAUACAGAUUUUACAAAAGAUUGUGUCUUUUUAAGGAUAUCGUUGUUGUUUUUUUUUUUUAUUAACAUAAUGUUAACCUGCAAGGCACACGGUUGUGUUUCAAAUGAAAGUACGAAAAUUGACGGAAAAGAUAUUUCAUUGUUUUGUUUUCCUGAAGAAGCAGACCGAAGGAACGAAUGGAUUAAAAAUUGCCAAAUAAGUGAAAAUAUUGAAAAUGAUAAGCCAUUCUACCUCUGCGAAUUACACUUUGAUAAAUCAUGUUUUAAUGAUUCAAAGGAGCUAAUUCCUAAUGCUACCCCAACUAUUUUUAACAAAGUAGAUGAAAACCAAAGAAAACGUAAAGCUGAAGAUGUGAUUCAAACUGAAUCAUUGACAAUUCCACCAGUGAAACAGCAAAGAUUAGAUAGUGAUUCUCAUAGUCUGGUGGUUCCACUGCAAAGUCCUUGUACUCAAUUAGCAGAAAAUGUUGAUAAAAUUAAUGGAGAAGAUAAAAUGGACAUAUCAUCUGAUCAUGAGAUAUCAUUGAACGAAUCUGUUAAUAAUAUAAAGCCUGAAUCUCAAAAAGUGACAACAGGAAGAAAGUUAUAUCGUUUAACGAUACAAAUAGACAAAAUAUAUGGGAAGCCAUGCCCAAAAUCAAAGAAACUCAAGUUGCUAGCCCAACUAAUAAAAAGAAAUCAACAAUUCUCAGAUAAUAUGACCAAUACAGGUCAAAGCAAGCAAUCUUUAGAAAAAAUUAAUAGAAAGGCAAUUUGUGCAAAAGGUGGAUGUAAGUUAAAGAAGUCGAUUUAUGAUUCAAAGCCAGCAUUUCAAUGCGAAUACUGUGAUAAAUAUUACAUAAUGAAGAAAAGUGAUAAUCAAGAUGAGAAAAAUAUUUGUACUAUAUGCCACAAGACUUUCUCAUCUUCACAAUCUCUGUAUCUUCAUAUUAAAACUCAUUUCAUAUGUGAUAUGUGCCAAACUGAAUGUAGUUCACAAGUGACUUACGAUAAACACAUAAGAUUACAUGUCAGUACCGAUCCAUUGCAUCCGUAUAAGUGUCAUCAGUGUUCAGAAACGUUUGAGCUUAAAGAAGAUGUGAGACAGCACUACCUAAUCGUCCAUCCUACUAUAAAGUUGCAAAACACGAUUCUCCAAGUAACUGCGCCAUCUCUGACGCAACAAAUCCCUCACCGACAAGAUUAUCGGUGCGUUAGUUGUAACAUUACAUUUAGAAAUGAACAAGCCUACAGAAAUCAUACAAAUUCUCACAAAAAGAAAGAAGGACUGAGGUGCAGCAUUGGUGAGAGUGCCAACAAUAUAUUUCCGUUAACUGGCAGCCAAAUAGGCAUUCUUCGUGCUGUAAAGUUCAGUUGUAGAGUGUGUUCGAUGGAGUUUGACAACGUUGGUGAGGUUGACAAACACACUAGAACUCAUUUGGAGGAAGAUAGCGAGGAGGAACGUAAAUGCAAUAUCUGUAAAAAGAUGUUUAAAACGAGCACACAACUCAACGAACACUUAAAGUACCACCUGUCCCGUGCACACUCUUGUCCCGUAUGUUCCAAAGCUUUUAUUAAUAGAACUACCUUAAAAAUACAUUUAAAAACUCACAGUGAAUCGUAGAUUAUAAUUAAAAUAAUCUUCACGCUAAUGUAGUUUAAUUUUGAUUUCUGGCUGUGUUAGAAAUCGAGUAUUCGUCACAUUCAUGUAUUUUUUUUCCACGUUUAUGGAAAUCUUUUUUUUCCAUGUUUCUAUACCUAUGGAAAUUUUUGUAUAAUUUGUACAAAAUUGUUUUUAUCUAAUUGGCAUUCGCAGCCAAUGACGUGGCAGAGUAAAGACAUUAUGUAUGUUUACGAAGGAUUAUUAAAUUCUUAAAUAGUAACUCCCGCUUCUCUUUCUUCCGAAUAAUCAGUUCGAUUUUAUUUCAGUGGCC